AUGACCUUCCUACUGUCUGUGGUCAACUACAUCGGUUCCCUGUAUGUUCCCCAGAGAUCAUCUGAAGACCUCAGAGAGGCGGCCUUCUCAGCCGCUUGCGGACCUCUCCCCAUGACACCCCAAUCGGUACAAGGCCUCCUUCUUCUCGUAUCCGCAGCAAUGGGAGAGAUGCAGUUCGACUACCAGAACCAUUGGACCGAUAGAGCGAUAUCUAUGGCUAUGGCUAUCGGGAUGCAGCACAGAGCAUUUGCGGACUCUGCUUCAGAUGCAGUUCAGGCAGAAUGCUAUCGCCGUGUCUUCUGGGGCUUGUACUUUCAGGACUGUACAAGCGAGUCUCGAGUUGGAGCGAAGGGGACGUCUCUUCGACAGGGCGCUUUUGACGUAGAUCUGCCAUGCGAGGAGUGGGAAUACGAUGCAGGGAGAAUACCGCCACCUAUAUCUUUAGCCCAAUACGAUUUACAGAAUAAUCUUGGAAGCGGCGAGUUCUCUUCGUGGACAUACCUCAUUGAUAUGGCCCGGAUAUCGAGCAAUUUGAUACUUCCCUACCACGAUGCUCCGAACGAGAAGAAGACAGAACUGUUCGAGAGAGCAGAUGCGUUGAUAUGUGACUGGCUGAUCAGAGUACCGCAAUGGAAAAUGGACCUCGUGGACGCGGGCGGCGUAGCUGAUAUGAUUCUCUUCCACGCCAUGGCUUUCGCUCAACAAAAUCGCCUCAGAAUACGACAAUGUGCCUCAAGACAGGGGUUAAAUUUACGACAAUGUUUUCCCCUGGGGCCAGCUAUGGGCCCACAUCGGCAGGCGCAGAAGGUCAAGGGCUUCGGAUGGAGUGCCAUGCCCGUCGAGGUGCAGGCGGCCAACAGCGUGUGUAGCCUUUUCCGACAGUCUUUUCCCAUAAGGAAUUUGAGUCCCCGGUGCCUACCGGGGCUGCUCCGAGUGUCUUUGGCCUACCUGGAUGCUUGCGUCUUCCUGGGACUCGACACUCCGGCCUUCAGGGAGAAGCUCAACAUGCUGCUACAUAUCAUGACGGUGCACGGGGAAAUAUGGGCCAUCUCGCGGAAAGUCGCCGAGGAGGUCAGGGAGGUGGCCAAGGAAUACUCGUUAAUACCACAGUCUCCCGCUCCGAGCUCCUGUGGAGAGAUGUGGGUGCCUGGCGUGACUACGGGCAUCGCUUCUGACGACACCCUACAGACGAGUGAUUUUGAUUUCUCGAUCUUUCCUGAUAUCAGUCACCUUGGCGACUGGACGGGGAGCCAAAAUUCCCAGGCACCCUUAGUAUAG